AUGCAACAUGCGAGCGGCAAGGACUAUGACCCAUCAGAAUGGGCCAAGCAGCGACAGGAGCGAAUAAAGCGAGCUUUGCAGGCCCGGCAAAAACGGCAAUCGGGCAGUCCUGACAAGAACCACACCUUCAAGCCCCACCUGCUCAGCAGCAACGAUGGCGCCCGCUCCAAGCUUCCCCCCGGAGCCAGGGUCGGGGAUGCUUCCGCAACGCAGGGGGCGUACGACCUCACCGUGCUGGACAACAUGGACGGCGCUUUCCCUCCGAAAAGAACGAGCGCCAACAUUUACCGCGACAACCGGUACGACAAGGCCGAUGGUGGUGUAAGGGGGCCGAUGGACUUUGGGGAGACGAGGGACUCGCUGGAUCGCCUGGCCGUUUCGACUUCCGACGUCGACAGGCAGCGGCUCGCGAGAAUGGGAAGCACGAGCAGCUACAGCUCGGCGGUAGCGCCGCCACCUCUGCCCUCCCCCACCAAGUCGGAGUCUACGCAGGACAACAACGGUAGCGAGCACACACACCGACCGCACGCGCCACGCGCAGGGGAAGAGGCGGCGACGGGGGGACGGCGGAGGAUAAUCCGGGAAGACCCGGGAGGGCGAUGGACCGGCCCAACGAGAGAAACAGCCGCCGCCCAGAAUGGCGGCGCCUACGGCGAGUAUGACCCCGCGACCAAGCGCGGCGCUGGUGAUGCUUUCAACGGGGAAGGCGGCAGGCGGUCGGCUGCUGCCGCAACGGGAGACGACGCCCUGAGUCAUGAGCUGGAGCAAAGGCCGCACGUGCGGGGGGCAAUAGCCGAGGAACACCGUCCUGGUCAGCCGCGUCACGGACGUGACGACCAGCAGGGACGACGGACGGUAGGCGACGACGGGCCGGUUCAUGCCGGCGGCGCGGAGGAGGCGGCGGCGGCGACAAGGCGGUACAGCGGUGGCGCUACUGGCGAGAACGGGGACCCGCACCCAGCAGAACCAAGGGACGGAAUAGAAAGACCUGAAGGUGCAGAUUUCUUGGCAUCGUUGAGGGGGGGAGAGGGCGCGGAGGCGGGGGCGAAUAGGCAGAGAGGGGGUAGCAGGGUAGGUCCGGGUAGGCAGGCUGCGAGGGCGAGGCGCGGUAGGAGGCCGGAGUGGAACAGCGACACUGGUGCUGCUGCAUCGCUUGGGAGCCCUCGAGCAGCGAUUGUAGCGGACAACUCGCCGUCCGCGGUGCAGGGCCGUAUCGAGUCGUCAUCCGCCAGGCGGAGGAAUACCGACGGCGCUGUUGGCAGUAUCGCCGAUUCGCCGUACGCCGCAGGAGGCGGCACGAUUGGCGGAAGCAACGGCACAUCCGCCACCGGCGGCGGAAAUGCUACGUGGAAACACAAGCACACCAAGACCCUGCCGUGGGGGGGCGAGGGGGAGGCUUUAGGAGAGGCUGGUGUCGUCGGUGGCGAGGACGAUGGUGGACGGGAGUUGUACGGGUUCGGGAGGCCCACUGCCAGCCAACUAGCGAGAAGAGGGCCAGACGAAGGCCGAGGGGGGGCACCGCGGUUGGGAUACCGAACGCAGAUGAUGCCCAGCCCGUCCACCGGCAACCUGACGGCCGCAUACCGAGGCGGAGGUGAUCGAUUCGGUGGGGACGACGAAGGGAUGAACCCUCCCGUAGAGAGGGGCGUGCCUGCCGAAAAGGAGCAGCUGCGACGCAACCUGUCGCUUCUGAAGAAAAAGAUGCACGGCCAGGCCGGCAGCAGGAGGAGCCAGAGCGCUGGACCAAGGGCGGGAGAACUGUUUGGCGACCCCAACGCUGCACCGAGCGGCCCGGGUGGCGUCGACUCUCACCUGGAGGGCGGAGGGCGGCAGCACCUCCACAUGACUACAGGAACGGCGCCCGCCAUGAUGCCUGCCGAUCCCGGAGCGUUCUUGAGAGAUCGCGAUGCGGCGGAGCGCGCGCUUGGCAGGAGAGGUGUGGGGGGUGGUGCACGCAGGAGACCGCCGCCGGACGGCCCCGGCAGCCCGUACGCCAUCGAUCCCAACGCCCGGGGCGGCGGCGCCGCCGCCGCGACCGCGUCUGCUCGAACCAGCGCCCGCCAACACCAUCACCGACAGCCGCCGCUCGAACAACAGAACCGUCAACAUCGUCACCACCAGCAACAGCAUCAUCAGCAUCAUCAAGCGAGCACCAACCCAGCAGGUGGCCGGAGACACGGGCCGUUUGAAGGUAAGCACGACUCGCCCAGGACAGGUUUUACUAGCGGUCGCACAGCCGCACCAGCAGACGUCGCUAGGAGCCGGCCCCACGACCACUCAGGUGCCGGAGACGUUGGCGGAGGUGGCACCAGGUACACUCGGAGAGGAACGCACGCAGCGGCACCGGCACGGCCCGGUGGGGGCCGCGCCCGCGUCGGCGGAGCCUCCGGUGGUCAAGGCUCGCCUGAUCGACGCCGGGCUUGGGAGGGGGAGAACGGCGGCGGCGGCGGCGGCGGUAGUCAAGGCGACGGUAGUAGUCGAGGCGGUAGUAGAAGUCGAGGCGGCGGUGGUAGUCGCGGGAAAGGAGGAGGGGGCCGGGGGGGAGGGGGUGAGGGCUACGCCGACGACCUUCCGCCGGACGCGUUCCCGGACGAGCAGGUGGAGCUCGAGGAGUGCAGGACGUGCGGGAGGAGGUUCACCCCGGCGGCGCUGGAGAAGCACUCGCGGGCCUGUCACAAGGUGUUCCAGGCUAAGCGUAAGGUAUUCGACACGGCCGAGAUGAGACUCAAAGGCACGGAGCUCGAGAAGUUCGCCAAGGAGAAAGGUCGAGCGGGGGGGAGAGGAGGAGGAGGGAGAGGCCGUGGCGGGAGAGGACCGCCUAGAGGGUUCGAUGACACCCCCGUGGGUGGAGCCGCGGCCAGGGGGGCAAGGUCGAGCAAGUGGAGGCAGCAGUCGAAACAGUUUAGGGACGCCCUUCGCCAGGCGAGGGUCGUAGCGGAUGCUCAGAAGAGCGGCAAGAGCCUGGCCGACCUGCCGCCGCCGAAACCGUCGGCUCCGGACCCUAGCUUGAUCCCGUGUCCCCACUGCGGGCGGAGGUUCAGCGAGCUCGCGGGCGAGCGACACAUGCAGCACUGCAAGAACAUCAGGGCCAAGCCGUCCGUCUUGAAGAAGGGCUCCGGUAGCCUUCUCGGUCAAGCCGCGCGAAAAACAGCGUCAGGCGCGUCCGGCAAAGGCAGAGGUCAGCGGUGGUAG